AUGCUCCAUCUGAUCCCAGGCCUGGAGGUGCAAAGCCUGCACCUGAGGGAGGCCAGCACUGGAGGGCACACGUUCACCAUUCCUGGUGGGCAUCCAGACGGACCAGGCCACAUCCACAUCCCUGCAGGUGAAGUGAGGCGGCUCCUUGGGAAAGGCCUUGCAGAAGUCAUGGUCAUCCACACUUGGUUCACCUCAAGAAUCUUCCAGUAUACCCUGGGGGCACCUGGCCUAGAGCUCCUGGCCACUAAUGUCUCAAAGGAGGUAAGAAAGCAGAGGUCCCUAAGCACCCAAGUGGGGUCAGCUAUACUCUCCUCGGAGGUAUGGGAUGCUGCUGGGGAGUUGAACACAGCUGUGACCUUUCACCUGCAGCACCAGGCCCAGGUCUUUCCACAGAAGAUUCUAGAACCUGUCUGUGCGUUUUGGAACUUCAGGGGCUCCUGGGCCACCACUGGCUGUGUAGUGCUCACUCUACACCAGGACUCUACCACCUGCCUUUGCAACCACAGCACCAGCUUUGCCAUCCUGCUGCAGGUGUAUGAAGUCCAGGGAGGCCCUGAAGAGGAGUCGCUGCUGAGGACUCUGUCAUUUGUGGGCUGUGGCGUGUCCCUCUGUGCUCUCGCUACCACCUUCUUGCUCUUCAUUGUGGCUGGGGUUCCCACUUCUGAGCGGACCACAAUCCACAAGAAUCUUAUUCUUUCCCUGGCCUCUGCUGAGGGAUUCCUCAUGACCAGCGAGUGGGCGGAGACCAACAAGGUGGCCUGUGUGGCUGUCACAGUGGCCAUGCAUCUUCUCUUUCUGGUUGCCUUCUCCUGGAUGCUGGCGGAGGGACUGCUGCUUUGGAGCAAGGUGGUAGCUGUGAGCAUGCACCCAGGCCCCAGGAUGAGGCUGUACUAUGCUGCAGGCUGGGGCAUUCCUGUGGCCAUUGUGUCCAUCACCCUAGCAUUGCACCCUCAUGACUACGUGGCUUCUGGACACUGCUGGCUCAAUGUCCAUACGGAUGCCAUCUGGGCCUUUGUGGGGCCCGUCCUGUUUGUGCUGACUGCCAAUACCUACAUCCUGGUCCGUGUGGUAAUGGUCACUGUAUCCAGCAGCCACCACCGCGCACGCAUGCUGAGCUCACAGCCUGACCUACAGCAGAAGAUCAAGUUCCAAAUGUGGGCCAUGGUGAAACCAGUGCUGGCCCUGUUACCUGUCCUGGGCCUGACCUGGCUGUUUGGCCUCCUGGUACACAUUAGCCCAACCUGGGCCUAUGCUGCUGUGCUUCUCAAUUCCUUCCAGGCUUACCGAGGGGUUGGUCAAGGGUCACAGUGUCUGGGCCACUUCAAGGAUCACCAGGAGGCCAGUGAAGGCAUACAGGGAUCUUGUGCCCUCUCCUUAGGCUUCAUGUCCCUGGGCCAUGGCCGAGGAGAACACCCGAGCCUGGAAUUCUCUGAGAAGACCUGUUGCUCUCAGAGCUCCUCCCAAUCACGCACUCCGAGCAACCUGGGCAAAGGUCUCAGUGAGGGGUGGCUGCCGGCCAUGCGUCCUUUCCGGAAAGCUCUGGGGACAGGAUCUAAAAGGCAUGUGCAGGGUUUCCUCCCAGCCUUUCAGGAGCUCAAUGGCCAGAGGACCUCAGCUCAUCGUCGGAAACCCAGAUUGAACCGUACAGGGGGCAGCUCCAAGCGAGAGAAAGGCAGCUCUGGACCAGCCCGGCUGGUCCUUCUGUUUGUCUUGGUUCCUUCCACUUCCUAG